AUGGGAAGUCAUCAUGGUACCACCAACAGCAAGGAGUCCUACUUCCUGUCCGAGGACAUUCGCAUGUCUGAUGCCUCGUUCUUCAAUAUCUCGGCCAGCGAGGCCGAAGCCACAGACCCUUCGGCAACGACUGCUGCUAGAGACUGUCUACGAGUCCCUGGAGCGGGCCGGUCAGCGGACUGUGUGACUCGCGUGGAAAUCAACAAUAAAAUACGCCCCCGCUAUACCAUCACCGGGCUGGCACCGACCAUCCGUUGUGAUCGAUACGGCUUGUUCCCCGAGUCCGGUCGCCUUGCAUCAGGUCGUGACGUCUCUACGCCAGGGAGAAUGUUCAACAGCAGUAGUGGCGGGAACCAACCUUCUGCUGCACCCCAAUUACGCAUGUGGGACGCAAAAAAGGCUGAUAGCUAUGCCCGUGGAGAGGGCAUUGCGCCUGUUGUCUUGAAACGCCUCAGCGAUGCAGUUGCUAUGGAUCGAUACCAGUACUUCGAGGCCCAUGGGACCGGCACUCCCGCCGGCGAUCCUCAAGAGGCUUCAGCCAUCUAUCAUGCUUUCUUCGGAUACAUGCCAUCUCAGCGGCAUGCGGAGACUGAGAAACUGCUGCAUGAGGCCGCGUUGUCACAACCAAUAUGCACGGCGCUUCAGAUCAUCCUUGUCAAUGUUCUUUCUGCUUUAGGUAUCUCCCCUACUGUAGUCGUCGGCCAUUCAUCUGUCGCCUACCUGCGCGGUCAAGUUGCGAGACUGACAGGUGACGGAGCAAUGCUGGCGGCUGGAAUCUCUCGAGACGAAGCCAUCGUUCUCUGCCAGCAACCAGGGCUUGAUGGCAAAAUCAGCUUGGCAGCAGUAAACUCAUCUUCCAGUGUCACACUCUCCGGUGACCGUGAUGCCAUAUCCCGGGUGGAACAGAUACUCCUGGACGAGAAGAAGUUUGUGCGGCUUCUCCGGAGAUUCAAAUUCGCUCCCACACGUCGUCACGGUGGUAUUCUAGCAUCUGUUGAAGGACAGGAGAUUAUGGCGGAGCAGCAUGGCUACAGUAUGAGCAUAGACUACUGGAAGGACAACAUGGUCAAGCCUGUCUUGUUCUUCCCCAGCCUUGCAGGCAGCAUUACGCUCCAGCAGUGA